AUGUCCCUCGCAACUGCAACCUGCCAUUCUCAGCUCACACCACCAGAUUCCCUUAGCAGGAAACGUCCUCUUCAGGAUCCGCAAACCGUUGCUUCCUCUUCCUCUUCGGAACAAAAUCUUACAAACCACACAAACAAACUCAUCAAAACCAGCGCCGGCGCUGCUGCCAUUCCCAUGGCCCUCCACCUUCAAAAGGCACAUACCCAGAACUUUGUCUACCACCCGGGAACCGGCCAAAUCCCCCCAUAUGUCUCUUCCACUUCACCUCAGCUAUCAGACAGUCUCAUUCCUUCGAUACCGUCCGCAUCUACCACCGCAUCUACCACCGUCGCCGCUUCCCAAAUUUACUUCUCUUCAUCCUCCGCGACACCGGCCGGCCCAGAAGUCGUGGCCGCUCAACAAACAGCUUCAGCUGUUUCACCAGACCAACUCGCUACCUUCCAGGCUCAGCCUACUCCUUGCCCUAUCUACUCCGCCUGGACUGCUCCAAGAUCAUCAAACAGUCUUAUGAUUGCCCAUCCUCAACAACAUCAAAUCGUUGUUGCCGCUCCAACUCAAUCUACAUCCCCCACUGAAGCUUCCCAAAAAUCCACCGUUUCAUCCCCAACCUCUCUCGUCUCCGACCGUAAGGCUUAUGCAGGCUACCUCUCUCGUCAAAAAAAGGAAUGCAACGACGCGGAUGCUGCCUCCAUCUGGAGCCCUGAUGUCGAAAAGGCCUUCAUGGAAGCCCUUAGGCGUAUCCCGCACGUCGGCCGCCGCAAAAUCACCGUCCAUGGCAGGCCCUGUGGUCGUAACGAGCUCAUCUCAGAGUACAUCCAGCACAAAACUGGAAAAAUUAGAACUCGCAAGCAGGUCUCGAGUCACAUCCAAGUCCUCAAGCAUCUUCUCAGAGACGACCCAGAGUUCAUGGAGCUUGUUGUCGAAGCACCCCCGGAAAAACCUAGAGCUUCAUCUCCUUCAAAACUUUCUCAACCUCAACCUCAACCUCAACAACAACAACCUCAACAACAACAACCUCAACCUCAACCUCAACCUCAACCUCAACCUCAACCUCAACCUCAACCUCAACCUCAACCUCAACCUCAACCUCAACCUCAACCUCAACCUCAACCUCAACCUCAACCUCAACCUCAACAUCAACAUCAACAACCCCAGCAACAGCCACGCUCUGAUCUCCGAACAAGCCUUGAAGAUCUCUUUAAAUCCCCCAGCAAAGCCUCUACAACUCUUUCUGCAGGCUCAACCUCUUCAGCAACUGACCCAAUCACUCCAUGCCCUAAAAAGAUUCCCUCUUCCGCAGAUCUUCUCAUGCUCACGGCUACUCCAGAACCCCCGUUGGGCUCAAAUUCUCUUGACCAAGACUCUUACAUCUUCAUGCCCCUCAACUUCUCCAUGUACCAAUAUCUCCCUCUCGCUCCACCUCAGGUUACUAGAGUCUUCUCCCAACUCAUCCGCCCUCAGCUCGAGUCCCCCGUUAAGCAAAAGCAAUCUGCCAAGCUCCUCAACCGCUUCCCUUCCGUGUCUCAUGGUCUUUUCGCUUCAGGAUAUCCUACCGGUGUCCCUGUCAUCUAUGGCAAGUCUAAGUUCAAUCUUCCUCUUGGUUCUCAAGUCCCUGAAGGAUCCCUCUUCAAGUCGGAUGUCGAAUUUAUUGCCAGCAGUACACCUGUUCUUGGAUCUUCCCCUGGUUCUAUCCUGCGCUCCCAGGCUCCCCCUCAACAUCAAUGGGAUUGCAUAACUAAAGUUUACACACUUGGAAACGAGGUACUCUCACUCAUCGAACCUAUUCGUGCACACAUAAACCUUGGCCAGCGGACUGAAACUCUCCAUCUACCCUUUGCUAGCGACUUUUGGGCUGCCUUCAUCGUUGGAAUCACUGGCAAGGCUGGUGCAAAGAGUCUCAAGGAGGCUGCCAAAGCUGUCAAUGCCAUCACCAUGAUCCAGGAGAUCCACUGCCAUGUACCGCAGGCGGCCCCCGACGCAGCAGUUGCUCCUGAUGGCACCACUACCCCUGCAACAACAACCCUUUCUUCUGCCACUCUCUAUGCCGUUCUCGUCUGGGAAUUUGAAAUGGUCAGUGACUCCUUCUCAGCAAGAACAGUCUUCCGCAAAAUCACCUCAGGACCAAGAGAAAACAAACCUUCUCCCAUCGUUAUUCCUCAACCUCAACAUCCUCCUCACCAGCCCAUCCCUCAAAAGGUUGUCGUCGUCCCACCUCAAUCGGUUCAUCAACCCCAAGGUCUCCAGCCUGCGGCCACCUUUUCUCAGCCGUCGCCUCUGGCUGGUCGCAGUAGACCUGCCUCCCGCAAUGACCACGUCCAAGCUCCAGCCCCUGCCCAGCGCACGGCCCCAGCCGUCAUGGGUCCCCCUACGGCUCCCUUCGGACAGAUCGCUCUUGCAUCUUCUUCAGCCUCCUCAACCCAACCUGAUGUUGUCGUUCCUCUUGCUGUUUCUCACCGGGCAUUCUCCAUGGGUGAUUUAGCUCAUGCUCAAAUGGCCACAACGUCUUUUGUCGGCAUCACUGGCGAAGGCAUCUUCAGCCCCACCACCACCUCCACAGGAGUAGCAGCUGCGGCCGCAAAUACUUCAGCCGUACACACAUCUCGGCAACAUCAGCUACCAAUAAACAACUCAACAAACCCAUCCACCUAUGACCUCAACUCAACUGCCGCCGCUGCCGCUAUUGCCCAUCAAGGGCGAGGAACUCCUGCAACCGCAACUGCAGCAGGCUCCGGCAGCUCAACCAUGAUAUCAUUGGUCUCCGAUUCAGUGCCACUUGCACGUCCAUUGACUGCAUUUUGUGAGUCCUCCGUUCCAGUCGGCGGGAUCCCAGCCUUUUUCGCAACCAUCCCGGGCCACCACCAUCAGGGAUUCCCGGGGUCCGCCAUGGCUGGUGCAGUCGGUGUUGGCGCUCACCACCCCCACCAUAUGUUUCAUCAUCAUCACAUGACUGCAGACGCAUCUAAUAUUUGGUACCCCGUUCAGGGCUCAGAUCUUAUUGUGCGCAGACUCAUGGAUGAUCGCGAACCGGCGGCUCUCAUCUCGGCUGGCCCCUCUACUAACACUGAUCUCUCUUACGACCCGUCUAUUAUGAGUGCUGCCACAGCGGCCGCUGAAGCUGCAGCUUCCAUAGCCUCCUCAAACUCUUUCGAUAGCAUAUCUCCAAAGGCCUCCAAUGCAAACUUCCUCGGCCUUCAAAUCGCCACAGCCGGGUCCUAUGAUCCGCUAUAUAUCGACCAAGGUGACGGCAGUGUAUGUCCGAUCGAACCCCCCAUUCGAUCUGCUCCUCCGAAUAUUGAAACCCAUAGUGCCGCCGCCGCCGCUGCUGCACAAGCAGCUGCCCAUGUUGCAGCUUCCCAUGCCGCUCACGCCGCUGCCUCCGCUCAUGCCCAUGCAGCAGUCGCCGCUGCCUCUUCAAGCUCUUUCUCUUCAACCUCGCUUGAUUCAUCAGCCCUUUGGUCUGCCGGUGAGUCUUCAGUGUCGUCUGUUGGAACAACAGACGCUGGUGCACCCGGCGAACCUGUCGCUGACACGCUUUUUAACGUCCUCGAAGAGGAUGAAUAUACAAGCUGUUAA